AUGGCUCAUAAAAGAUUCCACACUGGGGAAAAGCCAUAUGAAUGUAAACAGUGUUGCAAGUGUUUCAGCCAAGCAGGACACCUAAAGAGCCAUGAAAAAGUUCACACUGGUGAAAAGCCUUAUGGAUGUAAACAGUGUGGUAAGUGUUUUAGUGAAGCAGGAAACCUAACGACUCAUAAAAGAGUUCACACUGGGGAAGAGCCUUAUGAAUGUAAACAGUGUGGCAAGUGUUUUAGUGAAGCAGGAAACCUAAGGAGACAUGAAAGAGUUCACACUGGGGAAAAGCCUUAUGAAUGUAAACAGUGUGGCAAGUGUUUUAGUGUAGCAGGAAGCCUAAGGAUACAUGAAAGAGUUCACACUGGGGAAAAGCGUUUUGAAUGUAAACAGUGUGGCAAGUGUUUUAGUGUUGCAGGAAACCUAAGGACUCAUGAAAGAGUUCACACUGGGGAAAAACCUUACGAAUGUAAACAGUGUGGCAAGUGCUUUAGUGUUGCAGUAAGCUUAAGGAAUCAUGAAAGAGUUCACACUGGGGAAAAGCCUUAUGAAUGUAAACAGUGUGAUAAGUGUUUUAGUGAAGCAGGAAACCUAAGGAGACAUGAAAGAAUUCACACUGGCGAAAAGCCUUAUCAAUGUAAACAGUGUGGCAAGUGUUUUAGUGUAGCAGGAAGCCUGAGGAGACAUGAAAUAGUUCACACUGGGGAAAAGCGUUUUGAAUGUAAACAGUGUGGCAAGUGUUUUAGCGAAGCAGGGAGCCGAAGGAUACAUGAAAGAGUUCACACUGGGGAAAAGCCAUAUGCAUGUAAACAGUGUGGAAAGUGUUUUGGCCGAGCAGGACACCUAAGGACUCAUGAAAGAGUUCACACUGGGGAAAAACCUUACGAAUGUAAACAGUGUGGCAAGUGUUUUAGUGUUGCAGUAAGCUUAAGGACUCAUGAAAGAGUUCACACUGGGGAAAAGCCUUAUGAAUGUAAACGGUGUGGGAAGUGUUUUAGUGAUACAGGAAGCCUAAGGAGACAUGAAAGGGUUCACACCGGGGAAAAACCUUACGAAUGUAAACAGUGUGGCAAGUGUUUUAGCGAAGCAGGAAGCCUAAGGACUCAUGAAAGAGUUCACACUGGGGAAAAGCCUUAUGAAUGUAAACAGUGUGGCAAGUGUUUUAACCAAGCAGGAAACCUGAGGAGUCAUGAAAGAUUCCACACUCAGGCAAGGUCACUUAAAUUUUCCCAGAAAAACAAACGUCUUUCCAAACGAUUGGAAUCCUGUAAACAAAAAAGAGUAGGAAGUGAAAACGUUGAUGUCAGGGCCACAGGCUUUACAGAGAACCAGCAGACACAGAGAGAAACCGGAAACACUGGUGUAACAGGUGCACGAUCGGUCAUUAUUGAGAAACACAGCUGUUGGAUUUGUCAAGAGGAGAUGAGUAGUGAGGCUCUUCUUCUGCAACAUUAUGAAAAUCAUAUGACCCAUGUUUGUGACGAUUAUUCUUGAAGUUAAAAAAACGUUUUUUGGUGCUUUGACAAUCUUUUUAAGUUCUCAACUCUAAAAGGUUUUGUUUAAAGCAUGUUGCUUUCGUACUUGCGGUUUAUUUGAUGUAUAUGAUUAUCAAGUUGUAAUAAACGAUGAAAGAACAACUUCUGUAUUGAUUCUUUCAUAAAGGAAAAACUCGAUUUAAAUCAAAGUCUUAGUGCCUCUUAGUUUAAUCUGCUACACAUCCGUUUUUAGUGUCGUCACGCAACGCUCCUCCCCACAAACGGCUUGUGGCUUGAAAAAUAUCCGCGCACUCUGAUUUAAGCCCUGACCUAGACCUCUAAACACCCACAGAACACGUCAUACCACGUUUCUUCUGGGGGGCAAGAGUCCAGUGUUUAGAGCUCAGUGGGGGCGGGGGGAGGGUACUCCGGAGUUUAAAGGUCAAAUAAACGGAAAUUUCGACAUUUUUUAUUUUAGUUCAAUUCUAGUGAAAUGUAUUUAGUAUGAACCAAACAAACAUACUAUGAAGUUUCAGCUCAGUAGAAGCAAGCAUCUCCGAGAUAUUCGCAAUAAAAAAUUGCUGUUUUUUGGCCCUUAUCUUCGUAGAGCGGUCGAAAAAAUUGUCGGCAAAAACAGUUUGUGACGUCAAUGUUGGUCAGGUGAAAAAAAGCGGGAAAUUCAAAACAGUGUUUUUCGAGUCGACUUGGCGCAGAAAUUAUGGCGGUUUGUGCGGCCAUAAUCCUAGAAAGAACAAGUAAUUUGUCUUCACAAGUUGCAAGCUGUGGUUAUAAUCUUAUUACUUAAUUUUCUGAAUUUUCUCCAAGAAUACAUCAUAGUAAAACGGACUUUAACGACAUUAAUUUCCUUGCGUUGUACUGGAAAUGUGCGUGCGUAGGUCCGAUUUUUUUCAAGAUGCAUUCUAUUCACAAAAUGUGUUCAUAUAAGGAAGUUCCUGGAUACAUAAGGUCCGGAGCUCCACUGUGGACACAAAUACAAAAUAUCUUUGUAUAAUGAUUUGCCCAAAGAAAUUAGCGCUUGCCCACAAUGUGUUUGAAGUCAUUGAACUUUGUCACACUCGAACUGAUAUUUUAAAAUCCACGCUCGAUGGGACACUUGUAGCUUCGCAGAUCACUAAAAUAUAAACAAAAUCCUCAAUGUAGAGUUUUGGCGUUGAUAUGUGGGCAGAAAAAGAGUUUUCUUAUCUAGUAAAAUCUUACCCAAAAUCGGUUUCAAAGCAACUAUAGUUUUUUAAACUUGAUUGUUUCGCGCAGAUAAAUUUUGCUUUGUGUUGUCAAGUUGAACAUGCAUAACACCUGUCAAAAAUCUCCGCGGAAUGUAAGAUUUCCUUCAAGCAAAGUUAAAGUUACAUUAUUGCAAAAACUUCUUUCCAGUUAUGUAUAUGAUUUAAUUACCGAUAGAGGUCACUUUAAGGACCCUGGUCGCCACUUUAAGCUCGCAAAGAGAGGCGACAACCAAAGAACAAUUCCAUCAUGCAUAAAAUUCAGCUUAAGUGAACUAAAAAAAGCUUCAAUAAGGUUGCAAAACAACACAUGCUCAUCAAUUAAAACAUAGGCUUAAGGCUCAACCAAACGAAACGAGGUUGACCAUAUUCCAUGAGUAUGGGGCUCUGUCCCUUGCGCGCUUUGCGCGGGAGCCGCGCUAAGAAGAUUAUAGCAAAACAAGUUUUACCAUUUAUCUCUGAUUCUCCGCAUUUUGUAAAAUAAAAUUAAAAGAAUAUUUAACCAAGAGUUUCUGUUAAGUCUAACACAAAUACACUAAGGGACUUAUAAGUCAAAUCACACUUUUUCACGGAAGAAAAUUAAAAUGUACAGAUUGGACAUAGAAUAUUGAGUAAGUGAAUGUGAUCAUAUCCGUUGAAAAAAUGGAUAAUUCACGAAAAUCAGUUGGCUGACAAAAAUACAAAAAUCCAUCGAGAUAAAACUAAAGGUAUAGAAAUACCAGCUAAAAAUUUUGAAAAAUAAAUCCAUCAUCUGAACGUCAAGAGUUUAUCAAGUCAAGCUCCGUAAAGAAAUGUUCAGAUUUAGUUUCUCUUGCAUACGCCGGAUACUACUCCGUGCGCCUCGUUUUCGUUUAAUUCAUGCCUAUCUGCAUUCAGUAUCAAACUGAAGUUAGUGGAGUCGAACUAAUCUGUCUAUGGCCUGCGUGGCAGGUGCUUGAAAGGGAAGAGAAAGGGUUUUUUUCGGCGCCCCCUCGCGUUUCUUUCGCGCUCAAAAUCCCCUUUCCCUUCCCUUUCAAACGCCUGUCACGCAGGCUAAUCUGUCUAUUUUGGCGUAUUUCGAUGAGGGAGUAGCCGUCUGUCUGUGUAUGGGCGGCGGCCGACAAACCAUCUUUAUUCUUUAGUGUCAUGAAAACGACCAAUUCGGCAUUUUUGUCUUGCACUGUACUUGCUCCCGAUAUUGGUCCCGGCGUAACCACUUGAACUGCCGUUCGGUAAUCCAACUUAAUCGAACUCAAUCGAAGGAUAGGGUUCGAUUAAGUUUGGUAAUCGAACACAGUCGAACCCAAAAAAUUCGUCAGAGUUCGAUUUCCGCACUCAAUUGAAGCAAUCGAACUUCAUUGAACGUUCUAAUCUACACUCAGAAUAGGCAAGAACAAAGCAACGAAACAACCAGAUUAUCUACGAUCAUGAAGAAUAAAUGUUCCGGGUUUAUUGGAUUCGCUUGAUCGCUUUGUUUUACUGUAGCGCUGCUUAGUUUCCCUGGUCCACGUGGCAGAUACAAAAGUGGAGGAGGUCUGAACCUAAAAGGGACGCUAUAAAGUAAAAAAGUCUUUAACGGAGCAUAAUAUUCACUGUGUGAUUGAGGAUAAAAUUGCAAUAUGGCAGCAAUAGUCUUGUUCUUCCCGGGUGUUCUUCUUCUUGCCAAAAAUACACUAUACUGUACACUGAUCCGCCACAACCACUCCCGGAAUAUACUCAGUCGUAGGACACCCUACAAAAAACAAAACAUUCGGGAAAACACGCGCAAUUUUCUUUAUAACGUCCUAUUUUUUAAUCGAAUGAAUGCCAACUUCGACCAUCGAACCUAAUCGAACUCAAUCAAAGUUCGAUUUAAUUACUAAUUUUUUUUCUGUAGUGUUCGAUCACCGAACUUAAUAAAACAUUAUCGGUCGAUUAAGUUCGAUUAAAAAACGUUCGCGGAUUUAGUACGAGUGGUUACGCCAGGAUUGCUAGAGGAAAAGUUUGAAAGGAGAUUUCAUCAUCCUCUGACUUGUAGCAACCAGCUUGACAUAACUUUUAGUACAACUGACAAUCAGUCCAUUGCCACUAAGAACCGUAUUUAUAAAAUAAUGGAAUUCUCUUUGAAGGAAAAGAAACGCAGGAAAACACCAGAAGUCAAAGUUCAAUCACAGAGUCAGAUAUGGAUGCGUUUUGUUGUAUUUUAUUAGUAACAAGGGACCCUUUUUUAUUGAUCUGAUCAAAGUCCGCGGUUUUUCACUUCAUCCCCGCUCUCGACACCUGCCCCGGGCUUGGCCUUGCUUGCUUGAAAAACUCGAAAAAAUACCUCAUGGGGCUGUAGCCUACAGGAAUAUGGCAAACGAGAACAGCCCUCACUACCCCAAACGCGUUUCUUGUUGUCUAUCCCUAACUUUCCAUCGGAAAAACGAUUUGCACAUAGAAGGAAGAGAGGCUACAUAAAAGUAAAUGCACUAAAAGUACAGCAAUUGAAUUGCUUGAAACUACCGAACAAACAAACAAGUAAAAAAAACCUUAGCUCACAUUCUUCUCCUAACCCUCCCAGCCAUGUCAUCCAGCUCACAAUCUCCGACGAUCUCCGACGAUCAUCCUCGACGGACCCCCGGCGGACCACCGGCGGGUUUUCGUACUCUCCCCAGGUUUCUCUCACUAUUCAAAAUUCAAAUGGCGGCGGAUGUGUGAAUCUGUCAGGCCAUUUCUUGGUUGCAUUUUCCCUCGUGUGAUUUAAUCAAGGCGGAAAUAUCUUGUUACCUAAGGUAAGACAAGCUUUCAGUACAUUAAGGAUACGUUAGUCACACAGGUUACACAGGACAGUGCCGUCCUCUUGCGAAAUCUUUCAAUUGCAAUGGUUUUUGAAGGUAAUUUACAUCAUGAUCGCAUGGAUCACUUGAUUUAAACUGCGUUCAGCAUUUAGUCAAGCCUAUCUUCCCGACAUGCAGCGUAACUGGGCCGAUAAACAAAUUUAUUUCUGAUCAUUUUACACGCCCUGUAAGCUUCGGAAGUUGAUCUAAAAUGUGCGAACAUAGACGUGUCCUUUACUGCACUUUGACUGAAAAUAAAAUAAUGUUCUGUGGCGUAACUGUUCGUUAUUCCACAGGUGGCCCAAGCGUAAUAUGAGAGUUUGUAUGGGAAGAAUAGAGUUUGAAACUUAGAUGAAAUAAAUGAAGUAAAAGCGAUAAAAGUUCUCAAUAAAGUGUAAAUAUUGUUACCUAGAGUCGUUGUCUUUGCUUUUACGAAGUUUCAGCGCGAUUUGAGUACUUUUACAGCAUCUGACCUGACAGUGUAAUAAUAAGAGACAAGGUAGGACAGAAUCGCUCGAUCGAUCUUCAAAGCUGCUCAGAAUCAGCUCCAAAUUUCACGCGAAAAAACAAACACACUUACAUUUUACGCCGCCAAAUCCACAAAGUGGUACGUUAAGAUCACUUUCCUGCAAUGCGUUCCGGUAAACUUUGCGUUUGGAUCGCAUAACUCGAUCGAAAAGAUCAACUACAGUUCAAAAAUCGGCGCCAUUUAUCCGUGACUAGUAAAAGUGUAACAUUUCAACCGUUUUGUCGCUCGGCGGUGACUGGGCGCUAACGUCAAAUAAUAACUCACCGGGAGAGGGUGACAUUACUUCGUUAAGACAAAUCUCUACGCACCCACCUCCGAGCCAACCUCAGAGCAAGGUUGGCUUCUCUGUUUUGUUUUGUUGCUUCGUUCAUUGGCCGAGUAAAAACAAAGAAGCCGACCUUGCUCGGAGGUGGGUGAGUGGAGAUUUGUCUUAACGAAGUAAUGUCACCCUCUCCCGGUGAGUUAUCAUUUGACGUUAGCGCCCAGUCACCGCCGAGCGACAAAACGGUUGAAAUGUUACACUUUUACUAGUCACGGAUAAAUGGCGCCGAUUUUUGAACUGUAGUUGAUCUUUUCGAUCAAGUUAUGCGAUCCAAACGCAAGGUUUACCGGAACGCAUUGCAGGAAAGUGAUCUUAACGUACCACUUUGUGGAUUUGGCGGCGUAAAAUGUAAGUGUGUUUGUUUUUUCGCGUGAAAUUUGGAGCUGAUUCUGAGCAGCUUUGAAGAUCGAUCGAGCGAUUCUGUCCUACCUUGUCUCUUAUUAUUACACUGUCAGGUCAGAUGCUGUAAAAGUACUCAAAUCGCACAGAAACUUCGUAAAAGCAAAGACAACGACUCCAGGUAACAAUAUUUACACUUAAUUGAGAACUUCUAUCGCUUUUACUUCAUUUAUUUCAUCUAAGUUUCAAACUCUAUUUUUCCCAUACAAACUCUCAUAUUACGCUUCGCCAAUAAGGAACAAACUGUGUCUUAACGAAGGUUUAUUGAAGACCGAACGAGAACCGCAUGGUAUUACAAAGAUGAGCCACGGGCGCAUGCGCGCGCUAGAUACCGCUGAAAGUAACGCAAUAACAACGUAGUGGCGUGAUUGCCUCCUCCUUCUCUCCUACCCUAACUAAGAAAUAAAACAUGAACAAUAGGCUGAACUGAUACGAGCACUAGACUAAAACCGCAUAGGAUAACAACGGCUAAAAGUAAUGAAAGAGCUAGAAUAAAUAUGAAACUGAAUGUAACAGUGGGGUGUAUUCCCCCUUAUGAUAAGGUACGAGUGAGCUAAUAAAAUACGCAGUUCAUGGUAAAGACCGUAGUUACGGCUAGAGAGUACACGGCAGAGUUAUUAGUCAAAGUCCCAGUCCUUAUUGUGCCAAAAUGGGGCUUUCCGCGAGCGGUCAGAUUUCCUAGUGGGGAUAACAGCAGCAGGCGUCGGCUGUGCAUCAUCAGUAAAAGAGGGGUCCAGGGGAGCUUGUGGAGGACUCCGAGAAGGCAUAAUGACUUCAGGAAUUGGGGGGUGUUCCUGGGCGGGUAGCUGAGAAUGAGCUGGAGACACUGAGUGGUGUACCGGAACAGUAUAGGUAUCCACUGGUGGAGAAGCAAGCACUGUAGGGGGUCUGAGUGAAGGGACGACGGGAACAGGAUCAUCGUCAGAGUCAGAAGCAGUGGAUUCGGUCUGGCCACGGAUGGGUCCUUGUGGAGUCUGAGCUAGGACAGUUGGGGUGACAGGGUAGCAGUCACACAUAGGAAUGGUGUAGACCUUACUGCGGAACUGUGAGCUGGUAAACUUGCGGAGCUGACAGAAAAGGUCUUUAUCGAUGCCGAUCACAAGAUACUUGUCGCGGGCUUUCAGUUUGUCUUUGUCACCUUUGAUGAAAACAAGGUCACCAACAAGGACAGUGGGGAUGGAGGCUUUGGUAAAGCCAUGGGCCUUGGACUUAGCACUCGGCAUGUGAUUCUGCUGGCGGGAAAAGUUUUGACUGAGGAUAAUCUGGCGGUCGACAAUUGGAAGCUGCGCACCAGUGAGCUGGUCGCGUUGCGUCCACAACUCAAGAGCUGAGAGGCCAUCACGGCGGAUGCGGGAGUUCAUAUUGGCCGUUGCUAAGGACAGCGUAGUUUGAGAGACGGGGCCUCCCUCAGGAGACAAGUUGAGGAUCUCCAAGCCUAGCUCUUCGAUUGCGCGCUCAGCCACAGGAUUCUUGUUAGGGUUUUUGGGCCUACCAACCUCCAGGGUGAUCCCAUAAGAGAGGAGUACUCUGUCUUUGGCAAGGGCGGAGAAGCCAGGGCAGGAUCAACGCGGACGAUCACCCUCCGUCGCGAAGGGAACGGAGCUGAGAGCAGAGCAUGAUGAUGGCAUUGCGGAGGUCUUCGAGUUUUUCACUCGCGAUGAAGGAAGACACGGUGUACGAAGACACUGUUUCCCUGAGAACCAUGAUCAGUUGACGAUGACGCUUAGCGACAUCAGCUGCAAAUGAUACGCCAAUGGUAGGAGGAGCAGCGGCAGAUGACUGCGGGUGCAGGUGUUUAGGGAUAGUCUUCAGAGAUUGACAGGUGUGACAGCAGGAAGAGACAGUCUCAAUUGCUUUGUCAAGGUCCAGAGCAAAGAAGUACCUGCUAAAAAGGCGCUUGGUUUGGUACUUGGAAGGAUGACUGAAACGGAUGUGAAGGGCUGUCAGGAGUCCAUCAAGAACAGUGCGAGGGACAACAAUGCGAUCGCGAGGGGGCUGGAAAGGCGGGUGGUCUUUGACAACGAGAAGACCAUCAGUGGCGAUGACGACGUCCUGAAGAUAGCGUUUGACAUCAAUUAUUUUGGUAGCCUUCUUUGAAGGUCGGGUACCUUGACUGAGGUGAGAAUGGGUUCGCCGGAGGUGAGGGCAUUCCAGCUGGGUAGCUUGCCAUGCGGCGCGGCUGGUGAAGGGCAUUCGAACAGAACCCUCUAGGACUUCGCUCACGGAGAUGCUGCGCACAACAGAAUCUUCCAACUCCGCAAUAAAGCGACAAAUCUGACAGCUGGAGUCCAAGCAUUCUCUUGGGUGCCUGCUGGCGAAGUCUGAGGGAGGUUUUCAACACCUGCAAUGUGGCGCACAUGGACAGAAUAGCGGCUGACUGUAGACAGGAAGGUGGUAACUCUGGAGCUGGCUGAGAACUCUCCUCUCCUAAGCUUAUCGUAGGCUUGGACACAAGGCCUACUGUCCGUCAGAACUUCGGUUGUAUGGGAUGACUGGAUAAUGUAAGGGGCGAAGUGCUUGAUGGAGGAAGCUAUGGCCAGAGCUUCGAUCUCACACGGUAGCCAGGUCACUUGAUGCUUUCGCAGUUUCGCGCUGAAAAAACCAGCCAACAGCAGUUUACCGUUCCGGUGGGUGUAGAGUGUGGCUGCGACGCCUCUAUUCUUCACAGAACCAUCUGUCACGAUCCACAAAGCGUCGCGGGGUUGGGGGAUUGUGAUGGUCUUGUGGUUUUCCAAGGCAUGUUGGGCGGACUUGAAAGACAGGAGUAACUCAUCGGACCACACUAGUCUUUCUCGAGAUUCCUUUCCAGCGGUGGCCUGAUCCAAGGGGUCCAGCAAUUCAGCGAACUUAGGGGAGUACUCGGCUGAGCACCUUGUAUGCACCAACGAAAGAUCGUAGGCCUUGAACAGUAGUAGGAGGGUCAACAGAGGAUAAUGCGGCUAACUUGUGGGGGCUAGCCUGUAGGGUGCCAUUAGACCAUACCCAACCCAACACGGUGGCCUUUCUGGGACAGAUGAGUGUUUUGGGCGCGGAGAGACGAAGAUUGUUGCGUUGAAGCAAGGAAAGAACGCGCCGCCAAUUAUGAAGGACAUCUGUAGGGUUGCUUCCACCAACGUACAGGUCAUCAGCAAUUUUGGCAACACAACCCUCUUGAAUUAGGUCACCCAGAACUCGAGACAUUAGCUCCUCGAGGCAUGUUUCCGACCCAGGCAUGCCCAUAGCAGAGCGGGUAUAAACACGGAUGCCUUUAAAGGGUGUGGCUACCCCACAGUACUUCAUGGAAGAGUGAGCCAGUGGAAUUUGAUAGAACGACUUUAACAAGUCCGAGAUAACUAUAUACUCCCACUUCCCAAUGUCACGCAGUACACCAUCGACGUUAGGCAUUAGAGAAGGCUGGGGCUUGCUAUACUGGGCAACUUCGCCGAAGGAUGUCACAAGUCUGCUACCCCCAUUGGGUUUCUUAACAAGGAAGGAGGUAUUCAAGUACUCAACGUGUACGUUCACCUGUUCAGGUCUGGCAAACACACCAGCCACUUCGAGCUCGUCAAAUUUGGCUUGCAAUUCCUCAAGGGUGCUUCUGUUGUACUGUGGGAGUCUGCCUUUACGCUGAGGCGGGAGUGUGGGACCAAUGUUGACAACAGCUUCAAUGGUACCGCUAGCGCCGUUAUAUUUCGAGAUAGUGGGGUUGAAAACAUCAUCAAACUCCAGAUUCAGUGUUCUGAACUUGUCGCGAAUGUCCUCGUCUAAGCAGCCAUCGGGGUCAAGGAUCACAUUAGUGGAGAAGGGCUGGCAGCAGGUAGGGGCAGUAGUGGCCGUAGAGGUAGGGGCAGAUGUGGUGUCUAUGCUGUCAACAGGUAUAACAUGCCUUACAUGACACAGCUGCUCGCCGGUCCGUAGAAGUAUGGGAGAGUCAGUCGUAUUGGUUAUGCGUACAGCGUGGUCCACAGAGAGGACUUGUUGAGGUGGGGGCCAUGCUCCUUCUGCCUUGAGGGGGGUGUUGGAUGGACAGUCUAGUCGGGGUUCAAGGGCCCAUAAUGUAUCUGGGUCAGAAUCACAAGGGGUGUCAAGCUGAACGUACUCUCCUGGCAGUAUGACUGUGCGUUGCGGGUUGCGUAGGAGAAAGGACUGGGUGCGUCGCACAGCUGGUUGAGUAGUGUGUUUGGAAGCAGUACCAUAGUGGAUUACGUCAGACCCGCCGAUUACAAUUUGGCGCCUGGCAGGACGGAUGCCGAUGUCGUUUCGGGCCAGGAAGGGGUUUCCCGCUAAAAUGUCAACAUCGAGUUGGCGAACAACUAGGGCGUCUAGUUCAAAUGCUUGCUGUCCACGAGUGAGAGUGCAAUGCACUUCACCCACCACAUCCAUAGGGGUAACUCCAUCGGCUUGGCGGGCCAUCUGAGAAGCUGGGGUAACAGGUAGGCCAUAUAACUGAGCGGCCGAGGCACGAACCAUGUUAGACGUGGCGCCAGUAUCAAGGGUGAGCUGCACGGGGUGCUCGUGGUAAAAGGUGUUGAGAACAGGUGAUUGAAUGAUGCUGACACGGAGUGCAGUAGGUGCAGUAGGUACAUCACUGUGCUCAGGCGGGAGGGCAUGAUCGCAACACUCGUCAUAGGGGCCACAGUCGCCGGUCGCAAACUCAUCAGGAUCGUCGUUUAUAAGACGUGAGCGGGCCAAUGGUCGCCUGUCACGAUCAGGCAGGUAACGGCACUCCAUUAGAUCAUGGGUGUUGUGAGGGCGUCCAGCGGUUUUGCAGAGAAUACAAGAUACAAAUGGACGGCGGCGUGGUUGGCCCUGUCCGCCAUUAGAGGUGCGUCUGGGGUUGACAUUGCUAAUACGCAUGGCUUUGGUGUCCUCUAUGGAGCGUAGUUCAUCAAGGAGGGAACUAAGAGCUUGUGAGAUCUCUGGCUUGAGUGAGGCAAGGGUCUUGUUACGCAACUCAGAACCAUACUUCUGCUUUACCAGCAAUGGUAGGCCAGGGUGGAUCAGCUGCAGCCACAGAACUACUAUAGUGUUCUCAAGCGAUGGGGAAAGAUCUUCAUCUGCGGUCACCUGCUCACCGUGGUGGGUUAAGCCACCAUUAACUGCAAGGAGGUUGUCUUCGAAGAAGGCCAUGAGGCGUUGGAAUAAGUCCUCUGGUCGCUCAGCAGUUUGAAGGCUGAUGCUUGCAAGGUCGAGGAAAUGGGCUCCGGAGGACUGGAACCCAAAAUGCUGGCGAAUUUUCUGCCAAAUGUCAUUCAGAGAGGAAGAGUGCUUUACUAUGGAGUUCCUGGAGAUCACGGGGCAAAAAUUGGCAAUCUGUCCGAGCAGAAGAUCCAGGUGGGCAUUUUUCUGAGCGGCAGUAAGUCGUUGUGCCUCAGGUACAGACGUGCCAUCAUUCGUAAAAGGCCUCUUCGAGGGUUGGCGGCGGUUUGUUUUGCCAUGUGGCCUCUAAAAAUGGGACAAAGUUCUUGUCCAGGGAUAAGAUGUAGACUAAGUUUUGCCUCCAACUUUCGUACGAGGUGAUGGUCUCGUUUUUCGUAAGCUGCCAUUGUUUAGGCGCCCUGGGAGCGGCGGCCAUGUUGGUUUUCCUACACGAGCGGUUACGGCGAAUUCACGUUGAUUUGUUGAUCUUCGCACUUCGGGAAAAUAAGGGUCACAGGUUCCAGACGACCACACUUGUGUUAGGGUCCACCGUACGUGGGUAAAAGCCGCUGCCACCACGCCGAUAAGGAACAAACUGUGUCUUAACGAAGGUUUAUUGAAGACCGAACGAGAACCGCAUGGUAUUACAAAGAUGAGCCACGGGCGCAUGCGCGCGCUAGAUACCGCUGAAAGUAACGCAAUAACAACGUAGUGGCGCUUGGGCCACCUGUGGUUAUUCUAAGGGCAUCUCUUACUUUAAACAAGACAGCAGAUUUUAUUCCAUGUAAUUUUCUGAUCAACUCUCUACUAUAAUAUAUAAUGAGCCUUAAUUACCAUUAUUUUAGAAGUGUGUUAUUUUACAAACCACAAGGAACUCUCAGAUGCAAAUACAAAGUCAACAAAUAAUCAACUGACCCAUGUUGGUGGAUUCUGUAGUUUAAAGGGUUCAUUUAAAAUUUUAGGUAUUUAAUCAGCUGGUUUAUUGUGUGGAACCACUUUUUCAUGAGCAGGUGUCUUAAAAGUUUUCUAAUUUUCCACAUGUCCCUGACAACACCACCUUUAACCUACUCACUUCAGGCCUCUCACCAUCUUGUCGAAAAGUUUAUGCUGGCAGUAACAAAACAAAUAAUGUGUAUUUACCUAUUUAUGGUUCUUCAUCUUUCCAAAGGUGUCCUAACUGUAAAAGCUUAAAAGAAGAGCAACCUCAAUGUCCUUUGAGUGUCAGCAGUGUGGCAAGUGUUUUAACAAUGCAGGACACUUUAGAGCUCAUAAAAGACUCCACACUGGGGAAAAGCCUUAUGAAUGUAAACGGUGUGGUAAGUGUUUUAGCGAAGCAGGAAACCUAAGGACUCAUGAAAGAGUUCACACUGGGGAAAAGCCUUAUGAAUGUAAACAGUGUGGCAAGUGUUUUGGUCAAGCAGGAAACCUAAGGAAACAUGAAAGAGUUCACACUGGGGAAAAGCCAUAUGAAUGUAAACAGUGUGGCAAGUGUUUUAGUGUAGCAGGAAGCCUAAAGACUCAUGAAAGAGUUCACACUGGGGAAAAGCCAUAUGAAUGUAAACAGUGUGGCAAGUGCUUUAGCGAAGCAGGAAACUUAAGGAUACAUGAAAGAGUUCACACUGGGGAAAAGCCUUUUGAAUGUAAACAGUGUGGUAAGUGUUUUAGUGUAGCAGGACACCUAACGACUCAUGAAAGAGUUCACACUGGGGAAAAGCCUUACGAAUGUAAACAGUGUGGCAAGUGUUUUAGUGUUGCAGUAAACCUAAAGACUCAUGGAAGAGUUCACACUGGGGAAAAGCCAUAUGAAUGUAAACAGUGUGGCAAGUGUUUUAGUGAAACAGGAAGCCUAAGGAGACAUGAAAGAGUUCACACCGGGGACAAACCUUACGAAUGUAACCAGUGUGGCAAAUGUUUUAGUGAAGCAGGAAGCCUAAGGACUCACAAAAGAGUUCACACUGGUGAAAAGCCUUACGAAUGUAAACAGUGUGGCAAGUAUUUUAACCAAGCAGGAAACCUCAGGAGUCAUGAAAGAUUCCACACUCAGGAAAGGUCACUUAAAUUUUCCCAGAAAAACAAACGUCUGUCCUAUCGUUUGGAAUCCUGUAAACGGAAGAGAGCAGGAAGUGAAAACGUUGAUGUCAGGGCCACAGGCUUUACAGAGAACCAGCAGACACAGAGAGACACCGGAAACACUGGUGUGACAGAUGCACGAUCGGUCAUUAUUGAGAAACACAGCUGUUGGAUUUGUCAAGAGGAGAUGAGUAGUGAGGCUCUUCUUCUUCAACAUUAUGAAAAUCAUAUGACCCAUGUUUGUGACGAUUAUUCUUGAAGUUAAAAAAACGUUUUGGUCCUUUUAAGUUCUUCUCUUUUGUUAGUUUUUUUUUCGUGCUUUGGCAACAUUUUUAAUUUUUGCAACUCUUUAAGUUUCAAUUGGUUUUUUUAGAGCAUCUUGCUUUUAUACUUGUGGUUCAUUUGAUGUGCAUGAUUGUCAAGUUGGAAUAAACGAUGAAGGGACAACUUCUGCAUUAAUUCUUCCAUAAAGGAAAAACUCGAUUUAAAUCAAAGUCUUAGUGCCUCUUAGUUUAGUCUGCUACAGAGCCGUUUUUAGUGUCGUCACGCAACGCUCCUUCCCACAAACGGUUUGUGGGAGGAGCGUUGCGUGACGACACUAAAACCGGCUGUGGAGCAGACUACUCAUAAUUUUAAUGCGCCUAUCAAUGUAAAUCCCGUCGGGGGGAGUGCGGGGAAGGGGAGGGGAUUUGAUGCCUGGGACUAUCCCCGCUGUCGGGCUUUUGAUCGUGCGAAGGGACCCCGGGGUCGGGACAUUUGACUUUGACCGACAGAAGCCUGGUAUCAAUUCAGAAGCAGUUACCAAGUCCGUCCCUCGAGGCUUCCUGAAAGUCACGUUGUUGGAGAAAGGUAUGAAGUUUUCAUUUGUUUUAAUCGCCAUAAUCCGAUAGUUUAAACUGUCAUCUAAACAGAUAAUGUCUAUUUUGAGGAAGUUUUUAUCUUCAAGUUCCCAUCUGAUUGUAAAACUCGAUUGAAAUCGAAUUCCACCAUGAAAGUCAGAGGAUUUUUGAUGGGUCACUGAUCCGACCUGUUCCGACAUGUUGAGCAGAUGUUAUAAAGCAUUUUACGUUUUAUUAAUAUUAUAUAGCAUGGUCAAUCUUCCUGGAGUGAUUUUGUUGUUCAAGAUAAGAGAUGCUAGUGGAGAGAGAAAAUACUUAAUUACAGCGAGUAAUUUAAUGGCGCUUCCGUUAACCGUAAAUAAAAGUAGUAACAACGUGUUUGAAAUGUUCUCUUAUUCGUUUUAUAUAGUAUUAUAGCAUUGUUUGUUUAGAUUUUUUCCCCUGGGGUGGGGGCUUUUUUGACACUUUUGAUUGACCUUUCGUUUCCCACCCUGGGGAAUUUGAUCGAAAAAUUUUAAAAUUUGUCAAAUCCCCACCCCUUGCCCGCACCCCCACGGGGUUUACAUUGAUAGGUGCAUAAGCUUUACAUUUGAACGUGACCACUUAUAGAAGACUAUAACUUCUCAUUAUAUGAAUGGAAAGAAACGUUUUCUUUACAAUGUAAAAAAGGCUUCCUUACUUUCAUCCAGAAAUUCCAUACUGAUGACGUAAAAUCUGUCCGGUAUCCAGUCAGAAGCGCUGAUCGGUCGACGGAGUAAUUACAUUGUUUAAGGUAUUGUUUACAAAUGACAGACAAAAGACAAAAGGCCACAAAGGUCAAAUGUAAACGCGAAGAAUCCCUAACAAAAUAGUCAAUAUUUGUGAAAUAUAGUCUUCUCUAGAAGAAGAAUUUGAGUUUUGCUGGAGCUCGUUGACAGAUAAGCACAACACUUUACCAAAAUCGACCAGAAGACACGUAAAAUUAGACAAAUUUGUAUUUGGAACUUCAUGACUACCGGUUUAUUAUGUAAACAUCAAUUUGUGUCUUCAGUAUGGAAUUUCUGUCGCUGAGUUGCAGACGUUCCUCUGCGCGAAACGUCCCCAGCGGCGAAGAGCGAGGAGAAACGGAUGUUUUGGCAGGCUAUGAAAGACAUCGAAUUACAAAGAUGGUUAAGUGACGUAAACAAUGACGUAAGAAAAGACGCCAACCAAAAGAACAAACUAAGAACCUUCCGAAAAUGUAAAACAGUAGAAAAUUGUAAAUGUGAAGAUUAUCUCCGUCAGGUCACCAACUUUCGACACCGGAUAACCCUAACUAAACUCCGUCUAAGUAAUCACAAAUUGGCGAUAGAGACAGGUCGGUAUGUAAGACCUUAUAAGAAACCGGAAGAGAGGAUCUGUCCUAUCUGUAAAAAAGACGUAGAAGAUGAAAUACACUUUUUAACUCUGUGAGCCGCGUAUCAAGAAAAAAGAAGUACUUUCUUUGAAUACUUAAACAAAGAAUACAGAAUAUCAGUAAACAGAAUGGCACCAGAUGAUGUUUUUUUGUUGUUAAUAAACCCUCCGAGCAAGAACAAACCAGUCCUAAAGUUAAUUGCAAAAUACGUAUUCGACUGCUAUGAGAAAAGAAGAUCAUUAGUUCUUUAGGUUAACAUUGACUAUAGUUCCACUAGUGUGUAAUUUGUGUUAUGAUUUUAAAUUAUUUGGAUAAAGUCGAUGUACAUAGGACUGUGUAAGACUCCAAAUAAAGCAUUGUCUUGUCUUGUUUAAAGCCCAGUGGGGGACGGGGAGGGGGAUACUCCGGAGUUCAAGUGACAGAGAUGAUCAAAUGGGGGAAAAAAUCAAAACCCCCCAAAAUCCCUAGGGCCUUAAACAAAACCCAAAGAACUUCCUGGACCAAAAUUUAACCAGCAAAAAAAUCCCGUGCUGAGCCAUAAAAAUUUUUUUAGGGAGCGUUAAAUGAUACAACUAUCAUGAAUCUUCCGAUUGUUUUGAAUACCCAAAACAAUCCCUACUUAAAUCAAGCUGCCCAAUAAAUACUUGCUAAAGUUUGCAACCCAAACAAAUCCCGAAAUCGAACAUUUAAAACCGAAACAAAUCCUUUGAUCAUCCCUGUCACUUGAAAUCCGUAUCCCCGCCCCCUGCUGGGGUUUAGAGCGCGCUUCUCAGCACUUGAGAAUUUGUAAUUGUCUUCUGAAUGUUCUUGAAUCAAAUUCCAGAUAGUUUUAAGUUGACAAGUGGCAAAGUGGCAACAGCAUGAACUUCACUAGUUAAAGAGCAACGUUUCUUUCCACUUCUCCACCGUGAAGAGAAGACGCUGAAUUUAGGGGAAAGUGUUGCAAUUGAGAAGUAGAUCAGAGCAGCAGGCAGCUACUGUAUGGAUCAAUCCAGUUAUUUCAAAUGUUUGUUCCUGCUAGCACGAAAAUUCAAACAGUCUGGAUUUUUUUGGACGCGAACUGUCCGGAUAUUAGGGUGUGAUAGCCAAGAUAAGACAAUUUUGAAAUCGUUUUGAAAUUUUGAUUUUAACACAAUUACUUUUGAAAAUGAGCCAUAGUUUACGUUAGGUUUAUAGAAAAAAAGCUUUGGUUUACGAUGUUUAUCACCGCCUCUCGCCGCCUGGUAUGAUGACCUAAGAAGAUUAUAGCAAAACAAGUUUUACCAGUUUUCUCUGAUUCUCUGCAUUUUGUAAAAUAAAAUUAAAAUAAUUUUUAACCAAUAGUUUCUGUUAGUACCUGUUAAGUCUAAACACAAAUAUACUGAGCAUCGGCGUACGGGAAAAAUUUGGUUGCGGGGGCUGAACAUAAUUUGCCCGAAUGAAACUUGUUGGUCACAUAUGCACAAGAUGAUUUUUUCGUGACGUCAAGUUUUCUUCGCCGUGCCGUGAGAGUACGGGCGUUCAAAAUAGUGCAAAUAUUUCGGUAAAUCGAGAUGAACAUUUCUAAAAUACAAAACCAUGAAGUGAGAGAUAAAACGUACCAAUUUGAACUCUAAAAGAAGUAUGAAGAACGAUUACUUCGACACCCAAAUGUGUCAAUAAUCCUUUGCAUGUCACUCUGCAUUGUCUUGUUUGCAUACUGUCUUUCAAUGUUAAUAACGGCGAUACUGCGAAGUUGGUCUUGUCCCAUUGUGGAUCUUAAAAAUGUCUUGAUGCGGCGAAGGGCGCUGAAAGACCUUUCAGCAGAGCACGAGGUUGCAGGAAUUGUGGCCAGGAUGGAGAUAACUUUAUAUAGAACAGGUAAAAUGUAAUGGAGACCAUUUUGAUGCAUGGUCUUUACCAUCACGGCUGCGUUUUUUCUCUGGCAUGGGCCCCCGCAGUCGUAGUUUUCAAAGAUUGACUUCUCACUUGAUAGCAUUUCACUAUCCACGCCAUAGAAAUUUCAUGCAGUUUGGAUGUUGUUGAUGCUUGGAGAACGGCUGAAUACGAUUUCACCCAAUGCGCACAAAACCUCCAGGUCAUUGCCCUCAAGCCUUGAUUGAAGUUCACUGACGACUUUGUCAAUACAUGUGUAAUAAACUGUGAUACGAAAGUGGUCUUUUGCCGUCUGUUGUGAGCUGUCGUUCGCUGCAGCAGGUGUCUCACCUUACUGUGUCUUUGCCCGAACGGUACAUCAGUUUUGCCCGAAUAAUACUAUUUUUUUCCCGACAGGGGGCGCUGCAGCCCCCCCCCAGCCCCCCCAGCCCCCCCGCCCCGUACGCUGAUGAUACUGAGGGACUUAUGAGUCAAUUCACAAUUUAGCCACGGAAAGAAAAUUAAAAUGUACAGAUUGGACAUAGGAUAUUAAAAACCUGAAUGUGAUCAUACCCGCUGGAAAAAUGGCUAAUUCAAGAAAAUCAGUUAGCUUAAAAAGAUACAAAAAUCCAUUGAGAUAAAAAAAGCUCUAGAAAUACCAGCUAAAAUUUUUUAACAAUAUAUCCAUCUUCCGAACGUCAAGAGUUUGUCAAGCCAAGCUCGUUAAAGAACUGUUCAGAUUUAGUUUCUCUUACAUACCCUGGAUACUACUUCGUGCGCCUCGUUUUUUUUAAUUCUAGCCUAUGUAAGCUGGAUUUGUCUGCAUACAGUAUCAAACUGAAGUUACUGGAGUCGAACUCUGAAUCCGUCUAUGGCCCGCGUGGCAGGCGCUUGAAAGGGAAGGGAAAGUGAGUGUUUUGGGGCGGUCCCCUCGCGUUUGUUUCGCGCUCAAAACCCCCUUUCAGUUCCCUUUCAAACGCCUGCCACGAACCUAAUCGAACUCACUCAAAGUUCGAUUUAAUUACUUUUUUUUCUGUGAGAGUUCGAUUUUUUUCGAUCACCGAACUUAAUCGAACAUUAUCGGUCGAUUAAGUUCGAUUAAAAAAACGUUCGCGGAUUUACUUCAAGUGGUUACGCCGGGAUUGGUAGAGGAAAAGUUUGAAAGCAGAUUUCAUCAUCCUCUGACUUGUAGCAACCAGCUUAACAUAACUUUUAGUACAACUGACAAUCAGUCCAUUGUCACUGAGAACCGUAUUUAUAAAAUAAUGGAAUUCUCUUUGAAGGACAAGAAACGCGGGAAAACACCAGAAGUCAAAGUUCAAUCACAGAGUCAGCUCUGGCUGCGUUUUGUUGUAUUUUGUUAGUAACCGGGGACCGUUUUUCAUUGAUCUGAUCAAAGUCCGUGGUUUUCACUUCACCCCGGUGUUCCACACCCACCUUUCGCUUGGCCUUGCUCGCUUGAAAAACUCGAAAAAAUAACUCAUGGGGCUGCAGCCUACAGGAAUAUGGCCAACGAAAACAGCUCUCACUACACCAAACACGUUUCUUGUUGUCUAUCCCUAACCUUCCAUCAGAAAAACGAUUUGCACAUAGAAGGAAGAGAGGCUACAUAAAAGUAAAUGCGCUAAAAGUACAGCAAUUGAAUUCCUUGAAACUACCAAACAAACAAACAAGUAAAAAAAACAACCUUAGCUCACGUUCUUCUCCUAACCAUCCGGCUCACAAUCUCCGACAAUCUCCAACAACCUCCGACGAUCUCCGACAAUCAUCCUCGAAGGACCCUCGGCGGACCGCCGGCGUGUUUUUGUACUCUCCCCAGGUUUCUCUCACAAUUCAAAAUCAAGAUGGCGGCGGAUGUGUGAAUCUGUGAAUCCUCCAGACAGGCCAUUUCUUGGUUGCAUUUUCCCUCGUGUAAUUUGAUCAAGGCGGAAAUAUCUUGUUACUUAAGGUAAGACAAGCUUUCAGUACAUUAAGAAUACGUUAGUCACACAGGUUACACAGGACAUUGCCGUCCUCUUGCGAAAUCUUUCAGUGACACUGCAAUGGUUUUUGAAGGUGAUAUAGAUCAUGAUCGCAUCGAUCACUUGAUAUAAAAUGCACUCGGUAUUUAGUCAAGCAUAUAAUUCCGAUUGUAGCGUAACUGGGCCGAUAAACCAAUUUAUUUCUGAUCAUUUUACACGCCCUGCUGUAAGCUUCGGAAGUUGAUCUAAAAUGUGCGAACAUAGAAGUGUCCUUUACUGCACUUUGACUGAAAAUAAAAUAAUGUUCUAUGGAGUAACUGUUCGUUCUGCUAAGGGCAUCUCUUACUUUAUACAAAACAGCAGAUUUUAUCCCGUGUUAUUUUCUGAUCAACUCUCCACUGUAAUAUAUAUCUCUUAGUAGCGUAUGCAACAUCACUCCUUCCAGCGUGAGUGAUUUUUAUCUCAUCUCACAACAAAUCAAGUGACUUCGCUUCAGGUGUAGGAAACUACAAUCGCCAACAAAAUUAUUGAGGCAUUUUACUCAACUAGGGUAAUAAGUACAGAGAAGAAAAGAAUCUACCUCCCUCCCCACUCGCCUUCAUUCAAAGUUGCAGUUUUUGUUGCUUUAACUGUAGGUAGCUCGAACAGCGGCACAACAUUGCAUGGAGGGGAUGGGGGAGGGAAAGCUUUAUUUCCCAUUUAGAAGUCAGUAAAGCAUAGGCUUUAGGGUAAGGUGUCUCAACUACGUUGUAAUUUUGUCACCAAUGGUAGCUGUAGAUUGUAGCAAAACACACUUACCUCCACUUAAGGAAAGGAUAAGAAAAAUAGAGCAGUUUAUUGAAUGUUGAUUAAUUAUGCAAAAAUCGUAAUUGAAUAUGAUUUAUGGGCAAAUGUUCCUUUUUUUCACUCUAAUGAAUGGAUCUUUGCGCUAUUGAUUGCCGUUUCAUGCAAUUAAAUACAUAUUUUCUCGUAAUAAACAGCAAAAGGUGUAAUUCUCAUAAACUUUUCUUUUGAUGAUGCAUGGAUAUCGUUAGGAGAAAAUUAAUGUUGGUCACUAUUGGGACUUAAAGCGAAAUUUGUUGUAUCCCGCUGUGCAUUUUGCAUAUUUUGGGUUUUUGUGUUCCCUCAAUCAUCUUAGCGGACCUCUUAGGAAAUUUAUAUUUACUUGCACGAGUUCAAAAGGUCAUGGUUUGUCAUUUGUGAUUAGUGGAUCUCGAUCUGUUUUGUUUGUUUCCUAUUACAAGGCCUGUUGCUUUGUGAUCAUCCUGUUUUGGGCAAUAAUCGACUAGUUAAGUUUGCUUCGCAAAUUUUUAUGAUCUUUCUCAAUCUUGUCACUUGCAAGAAUAAAGCAAUAUCUGUGUCCUUCCUUCUACAAAAAAUCCACUCACCAUCGCGAUUUCCUUCACUAUUCUUGAGCAGUCGGAGUCAUUCUCAGCCAAGCUGGGCGAACACAUUACAGUGUGAUUUGCUUUAACCUCGCCUCACUAAAAUGCAUGAUUGACGGAACAGAGAAACCCAAAAUCCGUUCUAAGUUUGCAAAAUGUGCAGUGCAAUACAACAAAUUACCCUGUAAAGGGUUAACAAAGUGUCUAUGUCUAUGUCUAUGUCUAAAUGAUCUUGAAUAACCGCCAUGAAGAUUUUCAAAAACUGAUAUGUUUUUGCAAGCCUUUCAAGAGUUUCCACAAAACAUACAGCAAAAAAUAGGGAGGCGUAGAUAACGCUGAAUAAAUGAUAAAAGAAACCUCUAAUUGUACCAUUUGUGUUCGUAGCAAGAUAGAAAACACUACAAACUUGCAAAAUUAAAAAUAGCAUACUUUUUGUCAUGUGUAAUUUGAAAUCUCUUUCUUUUCCAUGCAUCACGACUUUGUAUCAUUUUACUAUAUGCAAUAGUGACCUAACAUUUCUAAUGCUGGGGAAAAGGUCUUGAUUUUAUUAUUGACAGUUUUUCUAAGGCUAUGAAAUUCAUUUGACUCCAUUUUGAGACAAGCAACUUGAACUACAGUCUGCAGCAAGACAAGUGCUUGUUUGUUUACGUUUUAUUGGUGGAAAUAUUUUUUUCCUAUGGCUCAUGACCAAACAUUUUCUGUUUUUGCUUCAAAAGUGCAGAAUGAGAGGGGAAUUUUGUUGUUAAUUUAACAGAAGUUAUCCUGAGAAUUAUGAUUUUCAUGCACCCGUUCAGGCUUUUUGUUUCAAAUUUUGGAUGUCCAUAAGUAAAUUGUAGGAGCCUCUGGUGACCAGGCCCCCAUUAGGCAGUAGCCUUGACACUGCCUAGUGCAAAGCAUGUAAACACAUACCUUGACAAGUAUAAAAACAGUUUUGAUAGUUCAAAAGUUAGACUUCAUACAAAAAUACUGAGUCAAUUUUCCAAACUUUAAGAUAAACCUUUCGUUGUUCCUUUUUUUUAACUUUGCAUAUGCAACUGUACAUGCAAGUGCUCUUGGCUUUACCAUUUGUUGUUUUUGCGAAUGGUUGUUUUUAUUUUUCUUGAGAAAUAGCCUGCAGUGCAGGCGUUUUCUUUGAACGCCCAAUUUGCUCGUGAAAGCGCCACGUUGAAACUUCCCAAGGAGAGGAGGAGAUGGGGCGAGUCAAAGGGAGCAGGGAGGGGGUGGCGCAUCCUCGGAGACCCAGGGGCAGAUAAAGGGGGCGAAGGAAAUUCUAAACGGGCGGAAAAAUAUAUAUGGAACAAUGAAAAGUAAAGAACGGCGAGAAGAGCCCCUGGGGAAAAUGUCUUACCAGACCAGUUCCAAAUGGUCGCUGCUUUUCUGGCUUCUGAUUGGUGCCAGAAAACCAAUCAGAAGCCAGAAGCCACCUACAGACUAAGAACAAGGGUGGCCACUGGACUCUUACCAAGAGUAAGAGAAUUAGCCAAUUCCUAGAAUAAACCCUGUUACUCUUUAGCCCAAAUAAAUGAGUGAUAGGUGCUAUAACCCCUUAAGCUUCAAGAUCAAGAUGGAAAUCCUCCACACUGGCCUCCAUACAGUUCUUGAAAAAUUGGUUGAGAGAAUUUGUUUAAAGAUCAAAGCAUAUUUCGUUUAAGUGAUCAUUUUAUUAAUUCUCAUAACCUUUCUACUUGAUUAUAUAGUGAUGUUGUUUAAGGAAAAUUGAUGUUGAUCACUCCUGGGACUUAAAGGGAUAAGUAAAUCCCGACUGUAACACUUCAUGUGGACUGAUCUUGUAUGGAAGUUGCGAUUUAUUUUUGAUCUUCCAAUUUCAUGUGCUUGAGUGUUUCCACUUUCCAUUCUAGUGUUAUUACGAAGAAUCAAUUAUUGAUACCAUUUUCUGGCUGUUGUUAGGUUGUUUGUUUGUUCCUGGUCCAAAACAGGAAGUAGGAAACCAUUACUUUAGUCUGUUCCUUCCCCUUCCUUUUUCGUGUUUAUUGUUGCAUUUCACAGCAAAUUAAAUAACCCUGCUCCCUCUCAAAUAAUCCUCCCUCUCUGUUAAGCUCCCCCCAUCAAACAUGCUUGAAAUGAAAAGGCCCCCAGGGAGUUUAAUAGCGGAUUUAUAGUACAGGCUUUAAUACAGGUUUCACUAUAUUGUCAGUAUGAAUGCUGUAUGAUGAACCAUACUUACCAUUAUUUUUAAAGUGUGUUAUUUUACAAACCACUAGGAACUCUCAGAUCCAAAUACAAAGUCAACAAAUAAUCAACUGACCCAUGUUGAUGGAUUCUCCAGUUUGAAGGGUUCAUGUAAAAUUUUAGGUAUCUAAUCAGCUGGUUUAUUGUGUGGAACCACUUUUUCAUGAGCAGGUGUCUUAAAAGUUUUCCAAUUUUCCACGUGUCCUUGACAACACCACCUUUAACCUACUCACUUCAGGCCUCUCACCAUCUUGUCGAAAAGUUUAUGCUGGCAGUAACAAAGCAAAUAAUGUGUAUUUAACUAUUUAUGGUUCUUCAUCUUUCCAAAGGUAUCCUAACUAUAAAACCUUUACAUCAGAGCAACCUCAAUGUCCUUUGAGUGUCAGCAGUGUGGCAAGUGUUUUAACAAUGCAGGACACUUUAGGGCUCAUAAAAGAUUCCACACUGGGGAAAAGCCUCAUGAAUGUAAACAGUGUGGCAAGUGUUUUAGCCGAUCAGGAGACCUGAGGAUUCAUGAAAGAGUUCACACUGGGGAAAAGCCUUAUGAAUGUAAACAGUGUGGCAAGUGUUUUGGCGAAGCAGGGAACCUAAGGACACAUGCAAUAGUGCACACUGGGGAAAAGCCUUAUGAAUGUAAACAGUGUGGCAAGCGUUUUAACCGAGCAGGAAACCUAAGGAAUCAUGAAAGACUUCACACUGGGGAAAAGCCUUAUGAAUGUAAAGAGUGUGGCAAGUGUUUUAGUGAAUCAGGAAAGCUAAGGAUACAUGAAAGAGUUCACACUGGGGAAAAGCCUUUUGAAUGUAAACAGUGUGGCAAGUGUUUUAGUGAAGCAGGACACCUAACGACUCAUGAAAGAGUUCACACUGGAGAAAAGCCUUACGAAUGUAAACAGUGUGGCAAGUGCUUUAUUGUAGCAGGAAAGCUAAGGAGGCAUGAAAGAGUUCACACUGGGGAAAAGCCUUAUGAAUGUAAACAGUGUGGCAAGUGUUUUAGUGAAUCAGGAAAGCUAAGGAUACAUGAAAGAGUUCACACUGGGGAAAAGCCUUUUGAAUGUAAACAGUGUGGCAAGUGUUUUAGUGUAGCAGGACACCUAACGACUCAUGAAAGAGUUCACACUGGAGAAAAGCCUUACGAAUGUAAACAGUGUGGCAAGUGCUUUAUUGUAGCAGGAAACCUAAGGAGGCAUGAAAGAUUUCACACUGGGGAAAAGCGUUUUGAAUGUAAACAGUGUGGCAAGUGUUUUAGUGUAGCAGGAAGCCUAAAGACUCAUGAAAGAGUUCACACUGGGGAAAAGCCAUAUGAAUGUAAACAGUGUGGCAAGUGCUUUAGCGAAGCAGGAAACUUAAGUAUACAUGAAAGAGUUCACACUGGGGAAAAGCCUUAUGAAUGUAAACAGUGUGGCAAGUGUUUUAGUGUAGCAGGAAGCCUAAGGAGACAUGAAAGAGUUCACACUGGGGAAAAGCCUUAUGAAUGUAAACAGUGUGGCAAGUGUUUUAGUGUAGCAGGAAGCCUAAGGAGACAUGAAAUAGUUCACACUGGGGAAAAGCGUUUUGAAUGUAAACAGUGUGGCAAGUGUUUUAGCGAAGCAGGAAGCCUAAGGACUCACGAAAGAGUUCACACUGGUGAAAAGCCUUACGAAUGUAAACAGUGUGGCAAGUGUUUUAACCAAGCAGGAAACCUGAGGAGUCAUGAAAGAUUCCACACUCAGGAAAGAUCACUUAAAUUUUCCCAGAAAAACAAACGUCUUUCCAAGCGUUUCGAAUCCUGUAAACGGAAGACAGCAGGAAGUGAAAACAUUGAUGUCAGGGCCACAGGCUUUACAGAGAACCAGCAGACACAGAGAGAAACCGGAAACACUGGUGUAACAGAUGCACGAUCGGUCAUUAUUGAGAAACACAGCUGUUGGAUUUGUCAAGAGGAGAUGAGUAGUGAGGCUCUUCUUCUACAACAUUAUGAAAAUCAUAUGACCCAUGUUUGUGACGAUUAUUCUUGA